UUUCAAUUCACACUUGCACUGCGCCUCAGCUCAGCACUUGAUGUUCAGCUAGUUAGUGCGGCUUAGUUAGUUAGUUAGUUAGUUAGUCGGCCAGUUAGUUAGCUAGUUGCAAAGUUGGUCAGUGAUCGAAAGUGGCAAAAUGUCGCAGGUACUGCAGCUGGAUGCCUUGGUCAUGGCCAUGGCCUGUCUAUCCACCACACAGACGGAUCUGGGCGGAGGACUGAUGGUGCCGCCCUCCUUGGAAAAUGCGAGCUCCAGCAGCUGUCCAGUUUCGGCUUUAAGUGGUCUUACCACGCGGAUGCAGUCGCUCCACAACGAAAUAGCCAGUGUGAAGGAGCAGAUAGGCAGCCUCCAGGAGCAGUUGGUGGAUCUGCGGAGAGCGGGAAGUGCACCGGUGGUGGGACUGGCCUCACCCAAUGCACUGGCAUCUCGAUUCCUGGAUAUUGAGCCACAACUGCUGGCCAAUGGUGGUGCAGUGGCAACCACUCCAACCACUCCGGCCAACUGCCUGAAGCAGCAGCACGGAGUGGUGCGCAUACGACCCCGCUCGAAUGUGGAGCCCUUCUUCGUGUUCUGCGAUCAGAAGGUGAGGAAUGGUGGUUGGACCAUGGUGGUGAAUCGUUACGAUGGCAGCGAGGACUUCAAUCGCAAGUGGGCGGAUUACCAGAUUGGUUUCGGCCCACUGACCACCGAGUUCUUCAUCGGAUUGGACAAGCUGCAUCAGAUUACCAGCAGCGACAACUACGAGCUGUUGGUGCAGCUGCAGAAUCGAAAGCAGGAGCUGAGAUAUGGGAUUUACGAUCACUUCAGCAUCGGCAGCGAAUCGGAGCAGUAUCGCCUGAAUGUCCUGGGCAAUUUCCAGGGCGAUGCGGCGGAUGCACUGCGUGAGCACACGGGAAAGAAAUUCAGCACCCACGAUCGGGAUAACGAUGAAAGUGAGCAGAACUGCGCGGCGCAGCAGUCGGGUGCUUUUUGGUAUGGCGCCUCCUGCAAUCUUAGCAACCCCUUUGGCCUGUAUCAACGGCUUCUGGAGCGGGAUGUGGAUGGCUUUAAGGGCAUUCUGUGGCGCGGUUUCCUGGACGGACCCAAAGGUUCGCUGAAAAUAGUUCGCAUGAUGGUUCGACCACGCGCCAGUUCAUAAAUAGGUAACUUUAUUGGCUACACCAGUCACAAAUUAGCAAAACACCCAACAGGUUAAAAACACAAACAAAAAAAAAAACUAAUGUUAAAAUUAAUAACAAAAUAAAUGCUAUUUAGACUUCGUUGA